AGAACGAGGAAGACAACACAUCAAGAGAGGUUUCAGUUGCAGAUUUUUCUCAGUUUGACUUGCAUAGCCAGACUUGUGGACAAAAGUAAAGGAAACAUAUUUUUGGGGCUCAUUUGAAGUCCGUUAAUUGAAUUAGGGAGUGAAGAGAGAUACAUGGAGGCUGUUUUUGGAUUGUUGGUGAUGAUAGCAGGAGUGUCUCAUGGCAUGUUGACCUCCUCCUGUGAUGCUAGAGAGGAUGGAUGUCAGUGUUAUGGAGCUCUGGGAGGAACUGUCUAUCUCCAGCUGACUGAUACCACAGUAUCUGAACUCACAUUUAAAAAAGAUCCCACUGGUGUAACUACAGAGAUACUCCGAAUGAGAAGAAACAAAAUGAUCAUCGCUGACUCCAUUAAAGCUAGAUCAGAGUUCUUCAUGAACAACAAGACAUUUAGGAUGGAUAACACAGAAAGGACGGAUUCUGAUGAAUACCUCUUAGAAACAUUUCAUUCUAAUGGAAGUUCAUUGGCCACCAGAAGACUACACCUGUUCAUUGAAGGGCUCAUAUAUAUUAACUGUACCUUAUCCACCGGGACAAAGAUAUCAGGGUGGGUGAAUGCCACCGACAAUGACCAGUGCCACUGUCAACUAACCGAUGGUGCUACCGGACCUGGGUUCAAUGUGUUUGUUUAUUUCCAAAUUGCUGAAGUCUUCAUUCUGCUGGCAAUCUGUCUGGGAUCAUACUGUUUCUACAAGAAGAAGACUUGUCCUCAAGAGCAAUGUCAGUAAAUAUGCAUUGUACCUUUCAAUUAAGGUCUAUCUUUAAAAAAAAAGUUUCUCAUUUUAUUCUGCUUAAUUCUCUGUCUGUCUGUCUGUCUGUCUGUCUGUCUGUCUGUCUGUCUGUCUGUCUGUCUGUCUGUCUGUCUGUCUGUCUGUCUGUCUGUCUGUCUGUCUGUCUGUCUGUCUGUCUGUCUGUCUGUCUGUCUGUCUGUCUGUCUGUCUGUCUGUCUGUCCGUCCGUCCGUCCGUCCGUCCGUCCGUCCGUCCGUCCGUCCGUCCGUCCGUCCGUCCGUCUGAUGGUCAGUAAGCAGAGGAAUAUGAAGUCCCUCAGGUGGAUCACGGUGGGACUCAGAGGAGGGUGUUGAUGUCCUAAGAGUUGCUAUUGGGAUCAACCAGGCUUUGAGAUUACCUUAUGAAAUAAUGACUAAUGGUGAUAUAAUACUGCUUUAUCACUCUUUUAAUCUUGAAACUCAAAGCACAGUAAUGUAUUAAAACCAAAGAAAUACCAUCCUAUUCUUUUGACAUUUAUUUUCUUAUUUUCAUUAUGUUCCUUCAGACCUGCCCUUAACAAAAUGAAUAGUGAAUGAUCUAUGUGAUGGUGUUUAUUUAAUCGAUUUUAACUCUUGAAUUCAAGUGUUUUAGUGCUGUUUCUUUUGUUCAUACUGUUACAUAAACGAAUGAAAAAGUUGUUUUUGAAAAUAUAUAUUUUUUCAUAUUCUAAUGUUACCUUCUUAAGCACAAACAAAUAAUUAUUUUACCAAUAGCAUACAUCACAUGUAUUUAUUAGACUGUUAGAAUGUUGACAUCUGAAAGACUCAUCAUUGGCUUGAAGGGGGUCCCUCUAGGCUUUUCUAGUGUUAAGUAUCAUUUAAAAUGUUAUAGGAGUGUAUAUUACAGUGCAUUGAUUACAUUAAAGGGUUUAUUUUUUUGAUGCUUGUGCUAUACAGUAACAGAAAUGUUUGAGAGUUGAAAGGCUUUUUAAUUGGGGAACGGGAAGAUAUGCUUUCAUUGUUAUUGUAACUUGAUCAUGUUUGAUGUAUUGGUGUGAUUUUAAUGCAUAGAAAUAAAAGCAAAACAACUUUUAAAACA